UUAUUUAAGGUACGUAAUUUCGUUCCUUGCACCCCUUGCUUAGUCAAGCGGAUGGAGGAUCUUACUUACUACAGCAUAGAAUCACUUACUAAAAUUAACCUCAACCAGCAACAUCAAAUGCAUUGUCUUUCUUCCUAAGUUGCAUGUGUGCUUGUCAAAUGUCUAUUUAUCUUUUUCUCCCCCCUAUAAAUUUGAUUUGUUUGAUCAAAUUACCUGAUUCCAUUACAGGCCUCUUUCUUUCCAAUUUCAAAGAAAGUUGUUUCUGAUAAUAUAAUAGAAAUGGACCAUAUGGAAGUCAGUGUGCUACCUGAUGACCUGAUUGUGGAAAUCCUCUCCCGGCUGCCGCUGAAGUCUUUUUGCCGCUUCAAAUGUGUUUGCAAACCCUGGCUUGCCUUCUCCUCUGAUCCAAACUACUGCAAGAAGCUGCCGAAAAUCCCCACAGGUCUUUUCUGCCAGUACCAAGACUUCGAUAAGAAGGCUACCAAGCUUCUUAGCCAGCCCCGAAACAUUGAGCCAAUUGAUGGAGCACUUAGUUUCUUGCCACACCAUCCGCAACUGGAGCUUAUGGAUUGCUGCAAUGGCCUAGUCCUCUGCAUGCGUAGGAGCAUGGAUUGGAGCAGACGUACAAUUACUUGCCACUUCAUUGUGUGCAACCCGGCAACACAAGAGUGGACGAGGCUUCCUGAUACUCGUCCUUACCAAGAACAUGAUGUUUUUGAAGCUAUGUUGGCUUUCAACCCAUCAUGUUCACCACAGUUCUACGUCUUCAACUUUAAACGGAAUCCUUUUUCAUUCUUGAGUGGGCUUCAGGUAUUUUCGUCUGACCUUUCCACAUGGCUCGUAUAUGAUGCAUGGUGGAAUUCCGGGAUACAAACCGUUAUUGGAUACCCACACUUAUUCAUAGAUGGUUCACUGUAUCUGUUUAGUAUGCGGCGGAACUCAGUGAAGAGGAUCUUGGUGUUGAACGGCUUUGAGGCAAUGAGUUCUCGCAUACCGCCUAAUCGUCGAACUAUUAAGUUGCCCCAUGACCCUUCUGUUGAGCCUGCAAAUGGCCUUCCGGUCGGUUUGUACACCAGAGGUUACUUUGGCAAAUCUCCAGGGACCAUGCACUAUGCAUUGACAGCGGCGGAUGGGCUUGCAGUUCGGAUCUGGAGUCUUGAUGUUUCCGGGCCUUACAAGUGGACUGAGAAGUAUCGUCUUAGUAUGAGCGAUGCAGUUGGAAGGAACGACCUUGCUUACUAUGACGCUGCUCAACAGUGCUGGAAUUGCACGUAUGAAAUUGCUGCUAUUGACUUGGAGAGGGACGUCAUGUUCCUCUUUGACUGCCAUGCGAGCAACCUUCGUUCAUACAUCAUCAGCACAGGGGAACUUCAGGAACUCGAUGACAUUGAACAAGAUCAUGAGCAUGUCUAUGACAAGUUCUACCACUACGUGGCAUGCUACUCAAAGCUUCCAACCUAUGUGCCUAUACCUCAGCCAUGUUUGUUGGAAGCAAAGAGGCCUGGUCGGCGGACGUGGCGGUCGAAGCUACUAGCAAUUGUUGCGAAAUCAAGCUGGAGAUGAUCUGUGUAACUUCAGUUUGUGAAACCAGUCUAGCAAAUGAUGUUAAGAAGGCCUUCUAUAUCUUCCUUUUUCUUCCAUUAUGUUAUUUUGUAAGGGUAAACUAACACCGUCGGAAUGCUGAAAACUCCCUAAUUUCAGUGUAAUAAUGUGUCGCCAAAUUCCCCGGUGCUCUGUUCCUAGGUUCACGUGAUAACGUUGUAAAAGUAGAACAAGCAUGUUAUGCAUGUUUCCAGUUCACCAAGCUAUGGGUGUUCGUCCUUGGUGCAAAAGAAGAGUGGAUACAUUUUAUUUUUUUUAGUGUCGUUUCUGCAAGUGCGAAAUACUUGUAUGAUGUUGUCAGAAUGUCCGAUGCCAUCUACUAAUAGUUUCUUAAUGUCAGUGUUGACGACAGUGGACGUGCUGAGUGCUGACUGUGGCCAGUUUGCUGCAGGAUGAUGACAACAUAAGUCUGUCAAAACAUAAAAAGGGGAGCUUGGAGAACCACCUCAUCAGAAGUGAGUUUUUCAGUAGUCGACCUUUUCUACUGAAUAUCACCUUUUUUGGUCGACUUGGUCCGCAAAGUAGUGCAUCUUGCAGAUGUUGGCGAACAUCACAUAUUUAAUGUUAAGAACCAUAGUUUGUAGUGAUGUACUGAUGUACAACUUACGACACUAGCACAUGCUUAACUUAUUUAAGAACCGUACUCUCUAGUGCUUAACUUGUUUGUUAAUUAUUCUUGCCAGGUCAAUUUGCAAUAGAGUGUCAGACGAAGGCUCUUCAGCUAGCGAAUAGGCAAGGGGAAGGGGUUAAUCUAAAUGUCAGUGUCAAUGCCGCAAGAAUAAGUACAAACGAGCUACUUAGUUAGUAAAAUACAUAGACAAGGGCAGUGACAUUGUUAGUAAAAGUACAAACGAGAUA